CAAAAGGAAAAAGAAGACCGCAUCCCCCGGAACUCAGGAUCCCCGUGGGGCUCUCCGUGCCUGAUGCCACCAUUGGCAAAACCCUGAAAGCCCUAAACCUUCCGAGACAACCAUGGACGAGCUCGUGUCGGUGGCGCUGGAGGAGGUGUGCGCGCGCCUCGCGCCGGGGAUCCCCGUCGUGGACCUAUGGCCAGCGCUCCGUGGCACGCUCGAUGCGACGGGGCUCCCGCUAGGCCCAGCAGUCAAGCGCGCCCUGUGGGCUCGCAUCCUUGCGCUCCGCGUCGUCAACCUGGUGGAGGGGGAUGGGGACGGGGUGCCCAUCUCUGCCGGAGACCCGGCGGAGAAGGACUUCGAGGAGGCCGAACGGCGGGGCAUGCGGCUCGUGGCAAGCGCGGGGAUCAGGGACAACUUCCUGGGGUUAUACGAGCGCAGAUUCGCGAAGUCGGAGUUGAGUGCCGUCCAGAAGGCGACGUUGGAGUGUGUUGCGGCAAGCAGGGGUACCACAGAGUGAACUUUGCAAAAAAUUUAGAAUGAAAGGAAACAAUUUCCAUUUUAUUGCAAAGAGUCUUGAAUCACAACGACUAAUAGUUAGACAAUCAACUAUUAUAAAGAUGAAAGAUCACGGAGCUGAGAGGGAAGAUGCCUCGCAGAAUAAACAUAUUAUCAAUACCAAUUCACUAUAUCUCUCCCGAUAUGCCAAGGACUUGAAUAUGACUUCACAGCAAAGAAUUGAGAUUACAAAGCCUGAACUACUUGGGAGCAAUGAAGAGGCCAAUGUAGAUGCUUUCCGAGUAGAUGGAGCUUUUGAUGUUAACUCCAAGAAUGAUAUAUCUAUUCAUGAUUAUCUUCCAGCAAUGAAAGCCAUAUGUGAUAAACUUGAAGAAGCAAGUGGAAAGGCUCUUGUUGUGUCAGAUAUAAAAGUUGAUCUCGACUACAGGAUGGCAUAUGGGCACAGAGCAUGGAGAAAUGUAUUGCAUAGAUUAAUAGAUGCACGACUUGUGGAGAUAUUUGAUGCCGAAGAUGAUGAUAAGGUUGUCCGUUGUUUGCGUCUACUGAAAAAUUUUGAUCCAAAUGAGUUUCAGCCAAAAAGUAUAGCUUCAAAUUUUAAAUUUGUUAAAAAAGGUCAGGCAACUGAUCAAAUUUUGGAACUUCCAUUAGAGAACUGUAUAUAUGAUAUGAUCAGUAGCCAAGGGACAAAAGGUAUUACACUUGUUGAGAUUAGCAAACAUCUUGGACUCAACAAUUCAAAAAAACUUCAUAAACGAGUAUCAUCCAUGCUAAAAAAAUUCAACCUAACAUGGGAAGCAGAAGUUCCAGACAAGACAUCGCAGUACCGAAUUUGGACUUCAAAAAACUUCUCACUCUACAAAGCUGGUACUGCUCUGCAAAAUUUUGAGGCACUCUCAGAAGACUGUGAUGAUUGUUCGGAUUUGUGGUCCCUAGUUUCAUCUAAAGAUUUGGAAUCACCUAGUUCACAGGGCAAAUUACUCUUGCUUGAAGAAGAGAACCAUGACAAACCAAUUGGACAUCAUAUCCAGAACAACCGUGAUGCUUCUGCUGCAGUUUCCCAGUUAGUUGAAGAAGAUAAACUUGCUUCGAAUCAGAGGAGGCGUCGGUGCCGUCCAUUAUCUUCUGAUGAUCAACGCCAUAGAAGGAUUCUACACAUGUUAAAGAAGAAGAAAUUUGUACUGAAGGUGGAGUUACAUAAAUGGUUAGAACGGCUUGAAAAGAAGGACGGGAAAAUAAUGGAUAGGAAGACAUUGACUCGCACGUUGAAUAAGCUUCAGCAAGAGGGAAGCUGUAAAUGUAUCAAAGUCAGUGCUCCAUUGGUGACAAAUUAUGCUCGCAGUCGUCUCUUUGAUGUAAUACUGCAUUCUUCUGUUGGAGACGUGUCACCAGAACUUGUGGAGCAAUUUAGGACCAGACAAAGGAACUUUGACACCAAAUCUCGCGCAGGUGCAGCAGCUAAAGUGAAGCAAAAUCAACAUAUGACUGCCAUACCUGGUCUGAGGAUUUCACGCAGAGUUAAAGUUUACAAACCAUUACUAUUAGAAGCUAUGUAUGCAAAUGGAUUCAUAGGCGCAAAGAUGAUUCGAGCAAAGUUAUUUCAUAAAUUUCUGUGGGCUUAUGUCAAUUCUUUGCCAAAUUGGUGCAAUGCAUUUGGUUGUACCAAAGCAGGGCAGUAUGAUAAGAGCCUUAAUCAAUCAUGCCUGUUAUUUUCUAUGGAAGCAGCUAUGAAAGAAAUGCCCCUUGAACUCUUUCUACAAAUUGUUGGGUCAGCAAAGAAGAUUGAUAACAUGAUAACGUUGUGUAGGCUUGGAAAAACACUUUCAGAAAUACCUACAGAGGAAUACAAUCAGAUCUUGGAUACUCAUGCCAAUGGCCGACUCUCACGUUUAGUAAAUAUUUUGGACAAGCUCAAGCUGGUUCAGCUUGCAAAAGAAUUCUUAGAAGAUGCUGGUGUAUCGUCAAAUGCCAUGUAUACACAUUCGAUGGAGCUCAGGCCUUACAUCGAAGAACCCAUGCCAAGAAUUCUUCCAUCUUCCCAACUGAACAAUCAUCGGAAAAUUCGGCAUGAUUUUGUACUUUCAAAGAAAGAGUUUGUUGAUUCUUAUUGGGAAACACUAGAGUGUUGUUAUUUAACAGCUGGUUUGGCUGACCCGUUAAGUGCCUUCCCUGGCAGUUCUGUCCCGGAGGUUUCUCAUCGUCGUUCAUGGUGUUCACUUAGAGUCAUGACUACUGAACAACGACUGGAGUUGCAACAGCGUAUUAUGGAUGUUGGUGAGAAGGGGAAAAUUCCUUUUAAAGACUGUGUUAGAAUAGCAAGAGAACUGAAUCUUUCUGUAGAGCAGGUACUUCGCCUUUCAUAUGAAAGGCAAUCUCGGCUCCAUGAACAGCCCAGCUUUACUUCUAAACAAAAGCAGCAAAGAGUUGGUUCUAGAUUGACUCCUGUGAGAAGAAAGAGACGUGCCGAUGGGACCAGCCUGAAGCUUCUGAAACGUACAGUACAAGCAAGUGGAUCUGCUGAACAAAUAUUGGAGCAACCUAUUGUUGAUGAAGAAGUACCAAUGAUCAGUCGGUAUGCUAUCUUAAGAAAGAGCUGCAUGAGAAGUAAAAGAUUCUUUUGGACAUGUGAAUCUGAUAGAAAACUGCUGAUGGCAUACAUUAGAGUGCGUGCAGUACUUGGGGCAAGAUAUUAUUGUGUACCUUGGAAGUCUCUCUCUGAUCUUCUAGCUCCACCACAUACAUGUCUUAGAAGGAUGGCACUACUAUUGAAAACAAACGGAAAGAUAAGAGGAGCUGUCAUGUGUUUAUGUAACCUUCUUGGGGAACGGUAUGUUAGAUAUCUUGAAAAGGAAAGGAGUUUGAAAAGGAGAAGAUUGUUUCCCCAGAUUUCAAACAGAAGUCAAGAAAACAGUUUGGAUUCAGAUUGUGAGCAAUUCAAUUGGGAUGACUUUGAAGUUCCAGAGAUAAAGAGUGCACUUAAUGAAGUCCUUGAAUUAAUUCAAACAGAAAAAAUAGAUCAGGCCAAGAGAAUUGGGCCUGUUAAUCAAAAAAACAUUAACAAUGAUAAUGAUGUCACAAAGGACACAAUAUGUUCUCAGGAACUGCCAAAUAAUCAGGCUAUACUAGGUGAAACCAAAACGAGUGCAGUUUCAGAAAGCGGGUUCUGUGAUCCUGAAAAAUCAUGCAGACAUUCAAAUGCAGAAAGUGAAAACAUGGAAGUCUUCUGCAAACCUCAAGAAAAAAUCAUUAAGGAUCACCGAAAUAAGAUUAUUGAAAGAGGCAUAUGGAAAUCAUUGGCUGUUGCAAAUGCCUUGGAGCUUCUGAAGUUGGUUUUCCUCAACACAUCUUUAGGAUCAAAUGUACAAGCUUCACUAGCAGCAACACUGCAGCUUUAUUCAGAGAGCGAGAUUUUUACUGUUGUUUCCUUUCUUAAAGAAAAAAAUUCUUGGUUAGUGUAUCUGAACUUAUGUUUCCUUUGGAAUAUUUGCUUUUCAGUAUGAUGUGCCCAACUUAAGUACUUUUAUUAGCAUUCAGGACAUGUUUGGUGUAUGACCCUGAUGAGCCUUACCAAAUUUUGGCUCUUCCGAACCCUGUGUGAUGCGAAGAUGUUGGCAAGUUCUAGAUUUUGGUUUCUUGCCAAUUUGCCAUGCCAACUUGUCGGCAAUCACAGAAGCGGUAGACUCAUGUUACUGGGAGUGGUGGGAAGCCGUACACCCUUUCUUCACAAUUCUUAACCAAUGCUUGUUGUUCACCUUUUCCAUUUGGUUCAGGGAAAAAGGCUUCUAUAUUUUCUAAUUGGCUUAUAGCUCAGCAAAAGAAUACUACAGACAGUGGAGUUUAUUUGUAUCCAGAUAUACAAUGUGGAGAAAUUGUUCAUCUAUUCUCUCUGGUUUUGUCAGGAAACCUUCUCAUUUCACCUUUCUUGCCUAGUGAAGGAGUUGGUGAGGCUGAUGAGCCUAACAGCUCUGGUCCUUUGGUCGUAGAUACCAGCGGUUUGGCUGACAACAGUCAUAAGCGCAAGGCUGAUACAGUGAAACUGAAAAGCAGCAAGGCUAAGAAACCGAAGCCUUUGCCAAAGAUAGAAAGUGACUUUUGCUACCGCCGGGAGAAAGGAUUUCCUGCUAUCCAAAUAGGUCUAAAUCUUCAUAGAAUUCAAACAAGCAAUUUCUUGCAAGAGUUUCAUGGUAAAGAAUCCUCUAUUUUUACUUCAAGCUGGGCAAUGAGCAAAAAGAAUGUUGAUUUGCAUGCAGAAAGGCACAUCAUGCCAUUGUUUUCAAAUUGCUUAAGUUCAUAUAGGCAUUUAUUGUCUGAAUCUCAGUUGGAGAACUCAUACAGUGGAUGGCCUUGGGAUGCCAUGACAAAUUAUGCGGAAGAGUUAUCACCAGUAUCUGAGCACCAAAAUGAAUUGUUCACAUUGUCUCCUGAACUGUUCAGGAAUGCAUUUCUUGUUAUUCAUCAAGCUGGUGGGCAAGGAGUUACCUUGAGAGAACUUUCGCAGGCACUGCAUCCGUUAGCCAUGCAGCUGGUCUUAAUAAUUGUUGACACUCUCAAAAGAUUUCAGCUGGCUGUUAAGGUCAAUGCAUAUGAUGGCGUUCAGAUUGUGGACUCAUUACAUUCGUCAAAGUAUCAUAUAGCUACACUUGCAGAAUGUGAUAGUUGCUGCUGUACAGAUCCUCCAACUUCUCAAUUUGUUGAUAAUGAAAACACAAAAAAUCUACUGAAAGAGAAGCAUACCAAGCCUAUUAAUUUUCCUGGUCCAAUAAAAAUGCUUGGUGAUGGGCACACAGUGACAGUAAUUAAUGUUCAAAGCAAGUUGAGCCCACCUUACAUGCACAGCAAAGAUCCUGGGGAUGCGGAAAGGUUAUCUACUCCAGGAGAGAACAAUAAGGAGAG